UCCUUUUUAUUUAUUUACAGUAGAAAUAAAAUUCUUAAAACUCCUUAAGAAUUAUUUUACUACUUUAAAUAAUAAAAGUGAAAAAUUGAGUAGAAAAUGGCAGGAGGUUUUGUGGUUCAAGAUGGAGGAGGAAGACAUUAUGAAGGUGGUGUUACCACCUUUGUCAUUGUGACUUGUUUGGUUGCAGCCAUGGGUGGUCUCAUUUUUGGAUAUGACAUUGGUAUUUCAGGGGGAGUAACUUCAAUGGAUUCAUUUUUGAGCAAGUUCUUCCCAUCCGUAUACAAAAAAGAGACAGAAGACAAAAGUAACAAUAUGUAUUGCAAAUUUGAGAGCCAUAUGUUACAGUUAUUUACAUCUUCGCUCUACCUUGCUGCAUUAGUAGCCUCCUUCUUUGCUUCCGUCGUAACAAGAACCUUUGGUCGUAAGAUCUCCAUGGUCUUCGGAGGUUCUGUUUUCCUCGUCGGCGCUAUCCUUAACGGUGCUGCCACUAAUGUUGCCAUGCUCAUUAUCGGUCGUUUGUUGCUUGGUGUUGGUGUUGGUUUUGCUAAUCAAUCUGUUCCAGUCUAUCUAUCCGAAAUGGCGCCAGCAAAGAUCAGAGGUGCACUUAAUAUAGGUUUCCAAAUGGCAAUCACAAUCGGUAUUCUAGUUGCUAAUCUCAUCAACUACGGAACAUCAAAGAUCCAACAAGGUUGGGGAUGGAGAAUCUCCUUAGUUCUCGCAGCAGUUCCUGCAAUAAUGAUGACCGUUGGAUCUCUUUUCCUACCCGACACUCCUAACUCCAUUCUCGAAAGAGGCUAUCCAGAGAAAGCCAAGGACAUGUUGAGGAAGAUCCGAGGCACCAACAACGUCGAUGCGGAGUUUCAAGACCUAACCGACGCGAGUGAUGCUGCGAAAAAAGUCGAACAUCCGUGGAGGAACAUUCUGGAACCGAAAUAUAGACCUCAGCUUAUUAUUUGUACAUUGGUUCCAUUUUUCCAGCAGCUUACUGGUAUUAAUGUCAUCAUGUUCUAUGCUCCUGUUCUUUUUAAGACACUGGGGUUUGGAGAUGAUGCUUCACUUAUGUCUGCUGUUAUUACUGGAGUCGUUAAUGUGGUGGCUACUACUGUUUCCAUUUAUGCUGCCGACAGGUUUGGGAGACGAAUUUUGUUCCUUGAGGGUGGUAUCCAAAUGAUCAUUUGCCAGGUUCUCACCGGCAUAUUAAUAGGCCUGACUUUCGGGACAGCCGGUGUGGGAACAUUAUCAUCAACAAGAGCAGAUUUUAUAUUGUUCUUCAUUUGCAUAUACGUAGCAGCAUUCGCAUGGUCAUGGGGUCCAUUAGGAUGGUUGGUCCCUAGUGAAAUUUGCCCGUUAGAAAUCCGAUCGGCCGGCCAAGCCAUCAACGUCUCCGUAAACAUGUUUUUCACAUUCUUGAUCGGACAAUUCUUUCUGUCCAUGCUUUGCCACUUCAAAUUCGGGCUCUUCUUGUUCUUCGCGGGGUGGGUGAUCAUCAUGACCAUAUUUAUUUUCUUCUUUUUGCCUGAGACGAGAAAUGUACCGAUUGAAGAAAUGAACAGAGUGUGGAAGGCACAUUGGUUCUGGGGGAAAUAUAUUCCUGAUGAUGCUAUUAUUGGUAACAAACCUUACAAAGGACAGACUGCUUGAACACUUAUUUAUAAAGCAUGUAUUCAAUAAGGGGAGGCUAAUUUGGCAUAAUUAUUGUAUUAAAGCUUUAUGUGGCAAUUUGAAGAUGCAAUUAUUGAAGAGCUUUAUUGAUUUAUUUUUCUUUUUAAUUAAAGAAUAAGAGUUUGGAUUUGUUGAAAACAUAGCUUUAUGAUAUGAUGUUAUACUGAUUUAUCUUUUCUUUUGAAAUAAACGAUUAUUGUUUCACAUA